AUGGUUUCUUCAGGAUCUUCGCUAAAAGUGAGACCAGUAUCACUUAUUCCAUUCAGUGUCGAUCCAAACAUCCCUCAGAUCCUGAUCAAUCGCGAACCACUAUCGGGAUAUCAAGCUGAUAUAGAGCUCCUUGGAAAUUGCGAUGAAAUUAUUGAAGACAUCUGCAUAGCUCUUGGCGGGCCUUUCGUCGAAAUGCUGGAGGCUCACCAAAAUAAGGUGAAUGGGCACAGGGGCUCCGAAACAAAUGGGCAUUCUUGUCAUGCAGAGGUACAUCAGUCCACAAACACCGUGACAAUGUCGAAGUUAGUUAGGAAAAGAAGGCGGAUUGCAGAGAAGCAGGAAUUCCUCCAGAUCAUGAAACAGCUUGAAAUAUCUGAGAGCUCUGAAAAGAAUGGCGAUAUGGAGUACAGUACGGAGGUGAAGCGACCUAGAUUGGAAGAUAUGUACCAGCGACGGUACAUACCAGUGGCCAAGCAUCUUCCAGAACACACAUAUUUCCAGAUAUCAUCUAACAGAGCAAUAUUCCCUGGUGCCGAGCUGUAUUACGAUCUCGAAACAGGUGCUGUGUGUCAACCCACCAGUUACCGUCCUGAUGGAGCAGCUCAUUUUGGAGUCACUAGCGAUGAUGACGACGACGAUGAGGACUGUCAAAGUAGCACCGGUGCGGCUAGCCGUGCUUGUAGUAUGCCUGAUACUUCUGAGUGCGUGGACACGAUAGAUAUUGGACCUCGUGCGAGCUCUUGUGAGCCAUUGGUGGAUCUGGACUCGCGAAUAUCUGCUGGGGAAUUCCAUAGGUUGUUGAAUAUGCGGCGUUCUGAAGAGGACUCUGAUGGCAGCGAUCCGUGA